AUGAGCACCACCCAUGAAUGUGACCUGGAAGAAAUCCCCCUGGAUGAUGAUGACUCAAACAGCAUAGAAUUCAAAAUACUAGCCUUUUAUGCCAAACACCACGUCUUCAAGAACACCUCUGCUGGCGUCUCACCAAAGCUGUUGAGAACAAGAAGUUUGUCCCAGAAGGGCUUGGGGAAUUGGUCAGCAAAUGACUCGUGGGCACAGGCAUCAAGGCCUUCCAGAAGUUCCCAAUCAGCUGAGAAACGUGUUGCCAAGAAAAAGUCUUCUUGGAGAGCAUUAUUUGGAGGAGGAGAGAAGGAGGAAGAUUCUACGGAGGUCCUUGCUCAGGGUCCAACAGAAUGGCAGGGUGGUUCUCACAGUCAGCAUUGGUCUAGAUCCCUUUCUAAUGUGGAACAACGCAUAGAACCAGAAGCUGUGAACCCCAAAGUCAUUUCCAUUUCCAGCCGAGUUGCUGAAAUUGUUCAUUCCUGGCCACCACCGGAAGAGAGCCACACCCAGGGAGCAAGCUCCCUGUUCAAAGGGAAGGUCCAACGUCAGGGUUUCUCCUACCAGGCCCAAGGCUGCCAGCCUAGGCGUGCAAGUGCUAAGAAAGAUGAUGAAGAACAAAUAAUAGCCAAAAUUGUUGAGUUGCUGAAAUAUUCAGGGGAUCAGAUGGAAAGAGAGUUGAAGAAAGAGAAGGCUUUGGUGAACAUUUUCCAGGAAGGGCUGACCUACUCUGUCUUCAGGACCAUCAUAGACCAGUUUCUCAGGGGUGUGGACACCAGAGGAGAAUCAGAAAUCAAAGCUCAGGGCUUUAAGGCUGCCCUUGCAAUAGACGUUGCCGCCAAGCUCACUGCUGUCGACAACCACCCCAUGAACAGGGUACUGGGCUUUGGAACGAAGUACCUGAAAGAGAACUUCUCACCCUGGGUCCAGCAGCAUGGUGGAUGGGAAAAAGUACUUGGGAUAUCACAUGAAGAAAUAGACUGA